AUGCCUGUCUCCCGCCGACACAUCGUCUCCCUAGUUGUCGCGCUCACAUUGGCCCAAUUCGGUCGCGCAAAUGGAUACCGAUUUGCCCGCCAUAUACGGAAGCAGGAGGCCUCAGCGCCCACGACGACAUCGAGCUUCGACUGGUGGCCGUACCCCUCCUGGGGCGCCAGCACCACCAUGCUCUCGACCGCGAACGUGCUCGCAAACCCGACCGGCGCGGCGACUACGGCUGGGACCAACCCAAGCUCCGUGACAUUCAAUGUAUCACGAACACUCGCCUUACCGGCGCCUUCAGAACCCGUCCUGCCCACGUCCGCCUCCACCGCCGCCUCUGCGACGUCCUCGCUCAUCCAGAUCACCGCCCUGCCUCCCGCACGCACGGCGCGCGCAAAGCUCACACCACGCAAGCCGUUCAACAUCGCGUACCUCGCGCCAGUCUUUGCGCUGCUCGGCGCUGCCUUCGGUGCGCUUGUAGCGUGGCUCUUGUCCCGUAGACUCUACCGUCGACGGGAGCACGAGACUCUCGAGCCUGGGCCGCGAUACGUCGCUCCCGAGAUGGGCACCGCGCGGCAGUCGCUGGGUGGGGGGACGCCGAGCGUGUACUCGGCGGUGCCUGUCUCGGAGCAGGCUCCGCUCGCUCGUGGCGCGAGCAGUGACCGCGGGAGCUGGCUAGCGCGCGCGUUCUCUUCUUCUGGCCGACGCGAUGACUGCAGUGCUUCGUCUGCAGACACUGUUGUGCAAUCUGCGGGGCCCAACUCGGUUUCGGCGGGGUAUGUGUACGUCGAGGUGGAGGACGAUCCGUUCCUCAGCGUCCCUGUUGCGCGGGGACAGCCAUCUCGUGCAAGUUUUGGCUCUCGGUCUCGCUCCGGCUCCAAUUCUGGCUCUGGUUCCGGCUCUGGUUACGAGUAUAGCUCUGGCGCUGGUUAUGGCCACGGGUACGGUCCUGUCGGCGAACGACAUCAGGUGACCUCCCCCAGCAUGCUCAGCGAUGACGAUGCUGAGGACGGGGUCUCGUACGACACGCUCAGGCACAAAUCUAUUCGGCGCGGGAUCCUCGAGCGGCUGAAGUUCGGGACGGUGCGCCGCCCCGCGUCGCAGGAAACGGUUAGGCCCGCGCCGUCGAUAGUGCAACACCGCCCUGGGCAUCGCCGCGCGGACUCGGACUUUAACGUCGACGACGUGCAGACCGCCGCCUCGAGCGCGAGCGCGAGCGUGUACUCGGGCACCAUUGCCACGAGCGUAUACUCGGGCACGACUGCCGCGAGCACGCCCCGCCGUGCACGCUCCGUCGCGAGCGGCGCGGACGGCGCGGACAUGGGGUUCCGGAUCGUCGAGGAGGACCCGGGGGAGGAGGUCGCGCAGCAAGGCUGGAACCGCCCCGCGCGAACUCCGCGUGAGGAGGCAGUGGAGCGGCCAUCGGCGUCGUGGAGCUGGACGCUCUCGUGGUCCCGCGCGAACGGCGGCGCGCGCGCGGACAACCUCACCGCGCUCCCGCCCCGGCGGUCUGUCGUGGAAAAGCGCACCACGCCGUUCUCGACGCCCAUGGCCUCGCGCGCGUCCGCCCCCGCGCUCGCGGGCCCCAUGCCCGCCCCAGCCCUCCCCGCUUCGCUCUCCACCACCACCACCGGGGCAGGCAGCUGGUCCCCGGCACCGCCCCGUCCGCGCCGCGUCGACUCGUCCGUGCUCCCGCUGAGCCCGCCGCAGAUCACGUCGCCGCCGCUCGAGUCGCAGCUGCUCUUCUUCAGCCCGCUCCCGCCGCUGCGGCCAGACUUUGGCGCGGGCCCCACGCUCGAGCUGCGCCUCCCGGACGCGCGCGCGACCCCACCGCGUGCGACCAAUAAGCUGCGCACGCACAAGCUGCCGCCGCCGCUCCCGUCGCCAUUCCCGUCGCCUCAGCGGAAUCGGCUGCAGAAGACGCCGGGCAAGCAUGGGGCGUACGAGGGGGCGGUGCACGCGGAUGCGGGAACGGGCUGGGGGGUGGACCUGUCGUCGCCCUCGCCCUCGCCGCGGCGCGCUCUCGCGCGGGUGGACGAGAUCGUGUCGCGGGGAUGGGCGGGACGGGGCGGGGGCGUGGCGGACGCGCAUGAUGCGGAUUUUGAGAGGGCUGGGAUCGAACACCGUUUGGGUGUCGUGUAA